AUGCCACCGCAAGAGACUACAGCGAUUACGCUGAACGUCGACGGAAACGAUGCCCCGAAGAUACGGUUCAACCCUGCGCUCGUCCUCCGAGAUGAUGGCGCCAACUACCUCACGUGGAAGACUCUUGUACCUGGACUCAUGCAAGCAGAAACAUACGCGUGGGAAGUCAUCACCGAGAAGAUCGUACCAGAUGAAGAUGCUACAAAGAACGCUAAGUACAUCACUGGAAACCGUAACGCUCGCACUGUCUUUUUCAACAUCGUCAACCCAAACAUCAUACUCGAACUCUUCUAUGGUGACUCUGAGACAGUCAGUGCCGUCGUCAUGUGGACCAAAAUCAAGGAUCACUUCCUUCACUCCACUGGUGUGUUCAAACAACAAGCGCUGGACACUUGGCUCAACUACGAAUACAACGAAUCCCUCAGCGCUCAAGAAAACAUUCAACGCUACAAGUCCAUAACCUACGGCCUGACUGAAGUCGGAGAAUCACUGAGCACAUCUGUUCUAGCGACAAGGUUCUGCACCAAGAAAAGACCUCAGAAGAGAGCACCGAAAGGCAAACAAGAAGGAAAACCUGAGGCGAACGUGGCAAGAGUUUUUCUGACCGAAAACUCUAAAGAAACAAAGGGAAGUAAAUCUGAUGGCCGAGUCCAUUUCAUUGUUGACUCAGGCAGUUCUCACCACGUUCUCAAUGACCGGAGUUUCUUCACUGAUCUCGACCCUGUGCCGUCAUCUCGAGAAGUCAAGCUCGGCAACAACAGUAUCCUGACAGCACACGGAUCCGGUGUUGCAUUGCUGACUGUACGACGCAGAAACAAAUCGGUGAAUAUCAAACUUCGAGAUGCUCUAUACGUCCCGGACAUGAAUACUAAUUUGAUAUCUGUCAGCAAAUUGACAGAAUGUGGCUACAAAGUCUCUAUGAAUCCUGAGAGGACCCUGAUCUCAACCGGUCAAGGUAGGGCAGUCGCUGAAUGUAAAGAAGGACUUUAUAUUCUCGACAUCGACAAAGGUGAACCCAAGUGUCUGCAGACCACAAGCUAUAGCUCCAAAGCCACG